UUCCCCAGGCCGGUUUAUGCUGUCCCAAGGUGCAGUGUGUUUUUUUAUUUUAUCAUAAAAGCCCCAACAAAACUCACACCCCCUAAUUAAUUAUAAAAAUUAAUAAUCCCCGAAAAAAUAACACUCCACCAGGGGAUAAGUCAUCUGAUUGAGAACAAUGUUCAUUGGCUCGUGAAAUAAAGAGGAAUAAAAGAAGCCACUGCCUCCAUUCCGGAAGCGGCGACACAUCGUCUCCGCAUUUAUUGCCGGAGAAAUGGUUUCAUGCACAUGGUGACAUCUCUACAGAAAGAUAAGACGACUAAAGGGUCGAUUAUGUCAACGGUUGAGGACAAGAAACGUGUGGCUGGCACCAAAGUGUCAGCAAUAGCCAAUAUAUUCCAAUCAAAGCCACAGCAUGACGUUGGACAUCUUCAUCGUCCAACAACUAUACAUCCAGAUGGUUUUAAAGAGCCUGCUGCGCCACUCAAGGACUCACCAACGCAGGUGACUGUGGUCAGGACUGAGAGCCAUGUGGCUAGGUUUAAUAAUGCACGAGCACUCUUCGAGAAACUUGGAGAGGAGAAUAAAUCUAAUAGACCACUGGCUAAGCCAACGAAUUUCCACGGUCUCCGUUCUCGGUCGAGUUCAGCAAAUUCUGGGUCAGGAUGUACAUCACCAGCUCGUUCACCACGUCCCUCGUCACCCUCACCACCGGGCAGCUGUCGAGACCACCUGAGCAACUGGAGUGCAAGUGUUCCCGCCUUAAAUGCCGAGCGUCACUUUGAAAAUGGUCAUCACGCAACAGAGAAUAGUGAGCGUAUGAAGCAACGAGUGUCCUCGAAAUUUGAUAAAAAUUACGGCAAAGAGAAUCGUAGGGAGGAGAAGCCAGAGAAACCAGAGAAACCAGAGAGGCGUUUAAAUUCAAAAGAGCUCAUUGAGAAGCAAAAAAAUUGGACCAGUCAUUUUUCAAAGACACGACCCAGUCGUUAUAACUCCGAUCCAAAUAAAUCACUAGUACAAACGUCAAUACAAAAUCAAAAUUCUAAAAGACUGAUUGUCGACGAUUCAUUGGACUCGACGGAAUCUGAUUAUCAGGAGAUUGACUUUAAAAAAUCAUCGGAGCCAUGUCCAGCAACGAGAUCAGCGUCAUUUUGCAGCUCGAGGCCAUCGCCAACUAUGUCACCACCACCUCCAUUACCACCAACAAGAAAUUCAUCGGCUGUGAGAAAAGAGAGGCCAGUUAGUUUUUCAGCUGUUUCAUCGACUGAUUCUGAGUCACCUGUAUCACCAGAGUAUGCAACUGUUACUAAAUCAUUUGAUAGUUCACCAACUAUUCCAGAGUACGCUGUUGUACAGAAGACAAAGCCAAUCGUCAAGAUUGACGAGCCAAUGCCAGAAUACGCCACUGUCCAGAAACCAAUGGGCUCCAAGAAGGUGUUGGAAGCCAAAUUGAAAGAUAAAUCUAGUCCAAAUCCACCACCAGUAGCCAGUCCACGUGAUCUGAGCAAAGAGUCCAGUCCAAGUCCACACGACACCGAGGACGACAAGAAGAUCGAUAAUUUGGAUAUCGAGGAGAGUUGCGUUGCUGUUGCCAGUCCCAUCAAAGCACCACCACCGAAAACAUCAGAGUGGAGAAAUGUUUGGCUGGCGAAGAAUGAGGAGAUACUCAAGAAUUCAGAGGUCAAGGUCUCUGGGGAUGGGGUUGAGAGGCCGAUAAGCAGACCUGAAUGGGCAAAACCUGAUCAUGAACUUAGGCCACCAUCCAGGACAGACAGUGCAUCCUCCAGUAUGAGUUCACCCAGUUCUCCAUCGAAAGAUAGCAGAGAGGAGAAGGCUGAUAAAGAGCUGCCGGAGAAGCUUCAAGGUCGAAACAGUUAUGAUCUCGAGCAAGAGACUCCGGAGAAGCCCUCGGCGUCGGAGGCCCUUCCCUGUGAAGAAGAAGACGACGACGAGGAUGGUAGUACAGCUGAAAAAUUCGUGGAGACUGAUGUGGCAACUGUGGUCCGCAGGUCUCACGUGAGAAUGGACAUGCCAGCUGCAGGUUUAGGUCAGCGUCCGCCAUCAGUGAUAAGUUCAGAUCAGGAAUUUCCUGCUCUAGAGCACAAGGAGAUUCCCGUGCCAUCCCCUUACGCAAAACGUCUCCAACAAGAGGCAAACGCUCGUUCUCAAUCUCAAUCAAAGCCAGAGCUACCGAUAAACAUCCGACCAACCACUGAGAUGACAAAUUCAAGAGUUAUAGCUGUAAAAAAUGCCCUUGAAAAAGAGAAACAGAUAAAUGACGUAACGUGCCAAAAGACAGUAUCAAACGCUAAGAAUGAUCAAAUUAAAGUCUCGAUGCGUGAGAAAUUAGCUAGGAAUAAGGACGAAGUGUCAGAGAAACGCUCGUCGUUCACAGAAACAGAUAAGAAUAGUCAAGUGUUAGACCUGGUGGAGAAUAAAGAGAAGAUCUCAUCGUUGAAGAAUAAUUUAGCCGCUGAUACCACUGACAAGGCACCGCUAGUCUCUCCAGAGCAAAUACAAACGACUUGGGAAUUGGAGAAACAAAAAGCUGAUCAAUUAGCUGCACUGAGGGCCUCAGAAGUCCUUGAUCCCUCGAAAAUUCCUGUGAAAACAGCUCUAGUGACGGUCUCAUCGUCGCCGGUUCCACCUAAAGACGACCCUGAAGAGCCCAGAGAACUGGAGAACAGUUUCAUAGAGGACACAGACUCCAGCGAAUCUAAGACAAUAACCAAUGUCGAUAGUCUGAUAUCAUCGGAUGUCUCCAAGAGAUUUGAGACACCCUCGAGGAGUGUUCCAACAGCUGCUGUGACACCGGACACGAUGACAGCCGAUGAGGCUGAGAAUUUAUUGAGCUCUCGAAUUUUGGAGAAGAAGAUCAGACAGGGAUCAGCCCUGCUGUCUGACGAAGAGGCUCAGGAGAUAGCAAGACUGCUGUCCCCCACCAUCGAUUCAACCUCCGAGGAGCACACCCUGGAGAAGGAUCUGGGACAGGAGAAGGAGAAGGAUAAAGAGGAUAUGGACAAUACUCCAGACUGGCUGUCAGAUGUUCUCUCAGUUCAGGACUCAAGUAUUAUAAACAGCACAACUCAGGAUUACAGUCUGUCCCAGAGAUCGAGGAGUGAUUUGACCAUUGAUUCUCUCACCGAGAGUCAAAUUGGUUCUGUAACUGGAAGUGAGAGUGGACUGCUGGGAUCAGUCAGCAGUCUCAAUGAUACACAGACAAAUGAUGACACUGAGACUGAGCAGAGGGAUGAUUAUACACCUGUCCCUGGUAAAAUAAUUCUCGUCGAGAAUGGUAAGCAUUUCUUCGAGGAUGGACAUUUCUGGAUGGAAGUGGAGGGAUUACCGGAGUCCGAUGAGGAUGAGGAUCUGGGGUGUGUUGUGCCAAAGAAGAAUGGAAAAGUGUCUUUCGACUGUGGACCCAUGAAAGUUUAUUCGACGCAUUCGGUGACUGAGUAUGACAGGAGAAAUGAGGAUGUUGAUCCAGUCGCUGCUAGUGCUGAGUAUGAGCUCGAGAAGAGGGUGGAGAAGAUGGAGGUAUUUCCAGUGGAGUUGAUGAAGGGUCCCGAGGGCCUGGGACUCAGUAUCAUUGGCAUGGGUGUUGGGGCUGAUGCUGGUCUUGAGAAGUUGGGAAUUUUCGUUAAGACGAUUACUGAUAAAGGGGCUGCUGCCAGAGAGGGGAGAAUUCAGGUUAAUGAUCAGAUUGUGGAGGUGGAUGGCAAGUCGUUGGUGGGUGUUACUCAGGCUUAUGCUGCUAGGGUACUUAGGAACACUUCGGGCCUUGUGAGGUUUGUUAUCGGGAGGGAGAAGGAUCCCAAAAAUUCGGAGGUUGCGAUGCUCAUUAGGCAAAGCCUGAAAGCGGAUGCUGAGAGGGAACAAGCGCAUCAUGCUAAUAGGAAAUUAAAUUUCUCGGAUACUUCUGGAGAAUGCCAGCAGAGAGAUGACCAUUCUAUAAGCAGUGUCAGUGGAUUCCCAGGAAUACCGGGUUCACCUGCAAUGUCAUCGUGCUCUGAGGGAGAGCCACCUCACAGCCCCAUUGAAAAUUACCUCUCACCAACAACCAGAAGUAGAUCACCAAUAAUAAGCUCAUCCGGACCCCACGUCACCACCCAGAGUGAUGUCGAGAGUCUCCGUCAGCUGCUGCAGGAGAGUCAGUAUAAGUUCGCUCUGGCCAAUGAAGAGGUCGAGAAACUCAAAGCAAAGCUGGUGGAGCUUGAGAAUAAUGGAGCUGGUAGUGAAGAAUAUGCAGCGAAAUUGCGCGAUUCUCGGCUUCGAUUGCACGAGUCGGAGAGAGCACUGGGUCAGUCUCGACAGGAACUUUCAACAACCAGGGAAAUGCUGCAACAGGCAACAUCACAAACCGCUGCGAUGCAACAAAAAUAUGCACGUGCCAGAAGGGCUGCCAGGGAACUGCGAACGGAUAUUGCCGCGAGGGAUGAAUUUUAUCAGCAGUUGUUGCAGGAAAAGGAUACUGAAUACAAUGCACUCGUGAAAACUUUGAAGGAUAGAGUAAUCAAAUUGGAGUUGGAACUGACGGAGACACACACGCGCUUUGGCCUCCCAGUGCGAUUACCAUACGAUGGUUCAACCAAAGGCAUAGUAACCCCCCAGCUAUCUCGUCGUCAAUUACCACCGCCUCCAUCGUCAGCAAGUUGUCAGUUAUCCGAUACGGAAACUUCGGAUCUGAGUAGUCCCGACGACGGUGACAAAACCGCAACAGUAGAGCGAAAACUUCCCUUACCAAUACCCAUAAAAGAGGAGUUAGACAGGGCAGUGCCAGCCCACCGGCUUCUAGAUAAUUCAGCUGGUAAAAGUAAAGCAGAAUUGGCAAGUAGAGGUGGUCUAGCCAAUCGACAAUUGCCAAAGCGUUCGGGUGGUUUGAGCAACAGUAGUUCUGAUUACGGUCUUGAUGAGUCCGGUGAUAAUACUGAUACUGAGGAUUCAUCAAAAAUUUGUGCUUCUCACGAUAUCAGCAUCAGAUCAAAUGACUCAAUGAAGCACUCCAAUUUGAGCUCAUACUCAAGCAGCUCGUCAAUUAGCUCACAGAAGAGUAAACAGUAUUUUGAUACAACACACUCAACGACAAUCAGACAGCACAGCACCAUAAGCUCACAAGUACGUGCCAUGACAGAGCAGAGUUGGCCAACUGGUCAAAAAACAUUGAGUGGACCACCGGCUUCACUCGCUGAACAACUCAAACAAGUUUUAGCUGAGCGUGAACGAAGACUUGGGGGUAAUGAUGUGUCAUCGUCUAGGGAGAGCUCUGGGGAUUUUAGUGAUUUGAAUAAUCCACAUGGUAAUGAUACAACACUAGUCACGCAUCAUCUUGUUGAGGAGAUUAGGCAGGCGGUUAAUGAGGCCAGUCAGAGGGUGAAGAAGGUAUCAGCACCAGUGCCAACUGGUAAUACACCUUGGCAUCAUCAGGGAGGAUCACCCUCCAGCUUGUCUUCUGGGGGAUCCAUCAGUCCCACUGCUGUUGAGCCUUGUCCCUCGAAAAUUGGAAGUGUUGACUCGGCUGAGGUGUGGAUGCCCCCAAAUCCUGGAGAGUUUGGAUUGGACAAGAAGUCAUUAUUUUGGCAGACCGCUUGCAUCACCGAUUGGUCCAAGGAGCAAGUCUGUCAGUGGUUGACUGGAAUUGGUCUCGAGCGAUUCUCCUCCCGUUUCAUGGAUAACGGGAUUAACGGAAGUAGUCUACUGCGUCUCGAGUCUCGAGACCUUAAAACCCUCGGCAUAUCCGGUGACGAAAAAGUUCAUCUCAAGCGAAAACUCAAGGAACUGCGGACCCAAGCUGAACGCGAGAGAAAAGAACGCAAGGAGAUGGAGAGGAUGCGACGAAAAGCUGAGAAAGCAGCUAGAAAGAAGUAAAAAUGAUGCGUAAACCAAGAGCUUUCACUGGUCGAAGACGGUUAACUUCCUGUGUUUUACAUUUUCUCCGUCAUUCACUUUAAUUAACCCAUUAAAAUCCAAAUUUUCAGUGCUACUCACAGUGGUACCUUCACACGAGCUCUCCCAGUGCCACUCAAAUCUUAAUGAUACACCACUGGGAUAACGAGAGGUUCAAUGCUCAAAAGCUGGUUUCAAAAAAAGCCUCGAUCACCCCUCGAAUGGAGAAAAUAUUAAAUGUGAACGAAGAAAAUGCAUUUCUUCAAUUAUUAUUUCGUUCAAUGAAUGAAUAUCGAUCAAGACUCGAUGAGAUCGAUAUGUGAUUGUUAUAAUUAAUAUUUUUGUAUUUCUCGUUAUCAUCAUUAUCACACGAUCUUAAUUUUAAACUAAUUCCUUCAUUUAUUGAGGGUCUGCCGUUAUUAUUUUUUUCUCGGUGGCCAGAUUGAAAUAGUUUGUACACUAUUUAAAGACUCAAUGAAAAAUGAAAAGUUAAGUAUUUCUUACGACUAAUUCAGCGGAUAAGUUUAUUUAUUUUGAAAAAAAAAAAUGAAAAAGAUGGAAAAA